GAAAGGGACAAGCGGACAGGGGCAGAGGAGGAGACAGUCAGGAAAAAAACAAAGAUGGCAGUGUAGAUUAAGGGAAGGACUAUCGAAGAGACUCUGCAGCAAACUGAUAACUUAUAGGCUUUCGGGAGAAUCCGGAUCGUGUCGGAGUGGCUCGGUUGUGAUCGGAAGGUGUACCGGAGGGAAAGAGCCCGGCCCGGUCGCAGAGAGUCGCCGUGUGCGUGCUGUCACGGCGGAUAACGGACCUAAACAACAGCCUGUUGUUUUGUUGAGUCUUAGCUGUUUUUUUUCCUCUCUCUCUCUCUCUCUUCACAAGCUGAGAGCCGAAGCUUACCUGAGAUCUAUCCAAAAAAAUUUAUAGGCAUCCAUGCAGGCCAAACCGCUGUAAAACACAGAUGAAAUUAUAUCCACUGUCCCUUUACCUAGUGUCAUAUUACCCAAAAUUAGCCUAUUUGAACUGACGUUUGAUGGUUUACAAGUGAGUGCAUUGUUAGCUAUCCAGACCCCCCAUCAUUAAAGGCCAACUACCUGGAAAAAGCUGAAAAUCUCACCCUGACAUUCAGCGGAUCCUGUGCUCAGUCAGCCCAAAUACCCCUCGUGACUCAUUCGGAUGUCUUCGAUGGAAGAGCGGAUGGAAUUAGGCGUCGCGGCCGCCCCGGGCUCCUCAUCUUCGGGACUGGGUGUCGGUCCUGUGGGGGGUGUCCUGGAUGCGGGUCCGGGGAGCGCAGGACUGGCCGGUAUCCAGGAGGAGUCCGGUGUGCGGAGAGACGGUCCUGGUUCCGAGGCCGACCCGGACGCACCGCCUAAGAAGCGCAUGAGGCACCAGGAAGGAGAGGCGGGGAAGCUCGAGGAGCGCCUGUACUCGGUGCUCUGCUGCACGGUGUGCCUGGACCUGCCUAAAGCCUCGGUGUACCAGUGUACAAACGGGCACCUGAUGUGCGCCGGCUGCUUCAUCCACCUGCUCGCUGACGCGCGCCUCAAAGAGGAGCAGGCCACGUGUCCUAACUGCCGCUGUGAGAUCAGUAAGAGUCUGUGUUGCAGGAACCUGGCGGUGGAGAAAGCCGUGAGUGAACUGCCCUCUGAGUGCAGCUACUGCCUCAAACAGUUCCCUCGCUCCGGCCUCGAGCGCCACCAAACAGAGGAGUGCCAGGACAGAGUGACGCAGUGCAAGUACAAGCGGAUUGGCUGCCCAUGGCACGGGCCGUUCCACGAGCUCAGCGCUCACGAGGCCGAGUGCUGCCACCCGUCUAAGACCGGCAUGGAGCUGAUGGGUAUCCUGGAUGAGAUGGACCAGAGCCAUCGCAGAGAGCUACAGCUCUACAACAGCAUCUUCAGCCUGCUGUGCUUUGAGAAGAUCGGUUUUACAGAGGUGCAGUUCCGGCCCUACCGCACCGACGACUUCAUCACACGCCUGUACUACGAGACGCCUCGCUUCACCGUCCUCAACCAGACCUGGGUCCUGAAGGCACGGGUCAACGACUCGGAGCGCAACCCCAACCUGUCCUGCAAGCGCACGCUCUCCUUCCAGCUCAUCCUGAAGAGCAAAGUGAACUCUGCCCUGGAGUGCUCCUUUCUGCUGCUGAAGGGCCCGUACGACGACGUGAAAAUCAAACCCGUCAUCCAGCACCACGUCUUCUCCAACGACGCCAACGAGACCGAGUACGCCCUGCUGCCCAUCAGCGACAGCGUGGAGUGCAACAAGCUGCUCGCUGCCAAAAACAUCAACCUCCGCCUCUUCAUCUUUCAGAUCCAGAAAUAGAGGCACGGGACGACGGGGGCGGAAGAAACGGAGAAGGAGGAGGGGAUGGAGUGAACAAAGGCGAAGCGGAGAGGGUGACGAGCACCACUGAACCACAGAUACCUCUACGGGAGCAAAAGAAGGAUGAAUACGGCCCAUCAGUACUGCAGUAGAUCGUUUGUGUGUGUGUGAGUGUGUGUUGUAAGCUUUCAGACCCUCGACAGCCAAAAAAAAAGUCAACAAUCUCACCCUGCUGAUCUCCCAUUGG